AACAUCAUCACCGCUAGUUCUCUGGCCCUGUCCUCUGCCAAAACCAAAUCCCGACCGUUGACAGCGCUAUUGCAGUUACGCGUCAGCCGUGGACAAAACGAAAUCCAACACAUUCUCUUGCACCUGGGACUCCGGCCAAAAUGACCAAACCAAUUAUCAAUUCUUCUACUUUCCAGAAAAUUUCCCGAUAGCCCAAACUUCGAGUUUGGGUCUGCUGGGAAUUACACCGUGACGCUCUACUGCAGGAACAACCUUUCUGACGCUACCUUCACAUACAACACGAGGGCAUAUGACUGGCAGUUGGCAAACUUUCAGCUGUCCUAUGAACUCACGAAAAGCUUUAAUGGCGACGCUCCCGACACUCCAGUCCUGUUCACCUUAUCGAUGCCCGGCUAUGCACUUCCUACAAGAAGGAUGUCCGUUACGUUUGACUAUGGUGACGGAAGUCCUCUAGACAGACCUCUUAAAAAUAUGUUUAAUCAUUCUUAUCUCUUCAAAUCCAGAGGGAUCUACAACGGCAGUGUGUUAUUGUCGCAUCAGUCUAAGGGUAACACGACUUUCCCGUUCUCCGUGCGUGUUGGUGCCAUUCAGUUGUCUGUGGAGUCUCGCGGCGGUCUGGUAGGGACCCACCUGUUUCGUUUCUUCGUCUCUUAUCCGAAGGACAGCUGUUUGUACUCCGUGACCGUGGACUUUGGUGAUGGACACAGUACUAUUUUGAACUCAAACCCGCUAGAAUUCACCCACUACUACGAAACUGUUGGAUAUUACACUGCAAAUAUGACUGCACAUGCGGGACUUUCGCAGAGUCAUCACCGUUUCCUGGACACUGGAAGUCGAGGGUUCGGUUGCUGACCUGAAGCUGCAGAUCAAAAACAGUGCGUCACCCUCCUGGUCACGUCAAUGCAAGCGUGUAUCUUGAUCGCUCGCAGCACCAGAUCAUGAACAUGACCUGCAAGAUGAACUGGGACGAAAUACUCGUUAGUACGCUCGGCACGUGGAACGGCUCUUUGCAGCCGACUGCUAGCUUCCUGAUGAACUUCACUUACGAGACGCUGGGGGCCAAGGAGCUGGUGCUGAACUGUUCCAAUGCCUACUCAGACAUUUCCUUAUCUGCUUAUCUGUUUGUAGACAAUGUGUGCUUUUCACCCGACCCCAUCUUUGACCGGCAGUUCGCUAAGUACCACAAGCCCAUGGUGGUGCUACAGUCCGUGAGGGUGAAGCUAGUCACACGCACGGUUAUCCUGUGCACGACCCACAAGCCCACAUUUGAGUGGAGCAUUUCUGUGUACAGUCGAGACGGAGCUAAACUCUCCAGUUACACAAACUUCCAGCAGCCCAACGUGGAUUACCUGACCAUAGAGCGGGCGAGCUCGAGCCAGGCCUGUACCGGAUGGCGCUGAACAUCAGCCUGGGGGAAAAAUACAACAACUCCUGGCUCUCAGAGUCAACUUUCGUCGAAAUGGAGCGACCUCCAUUAGUUGCAGAGAUCCAGGGCGGCAGGAUUCGAAAAACCGGUUACUCUGAGGAUAUCAUCGAUGCCAGGACUGGUUCCUACGAUCCCGUCAAAGGCUACGGCAUCAGCGACGACCUGGUGUUCAGCUGGAACUGCAGCGUGUACGACACGGCAACCGUCGAGGAUCUGCUGGACAUGAUCAGGCAGUCUAGACCCAGGUGACCCCCAACCCUGUGAUGACAUCUCCAAGGAAAUAGUCGAUGGAAAAAGACAACUCGUCAUUGGAGAAAAUGUGGAAUCCAGAGGAUUUUGUUUGAGGUUGCCGUUUCUUCGAAGAACGCGACAUCCAACAUUGCCGAGGCUUACCUGCAGUACAAUCGACAUUCUCUCAGCAUACAGAUAGUCUGCGUGAUGAACUGUGACCGCAAGGUAGCGAUAUCCACCAGCCUCGUGCUGUCCGUGAAGUGCGAUGACUGCAGUGACGAGUCCAUGGCCAACGCCGAGUACAGCUGGACCCUCUACCUCAUCGACUCAGACACCGGACAACAAACGGAGGUGCAAAACGCAAAACAAGGACAAACAGACGAGAGGGGUGUCGUUAUCAAGGAGAAAACCCUGGAGAAAUGUAAGAAGUACCGGGUGGAAGCUAACAUGACACUGUCCACUAGAGGUGGCUUCGCCGUCAGGGAAUUCGUGACCAACUGUCCACCUUGGGGAGGCAACUGCACAGUAUAUCCACUAAAAGGCAAUGUACUUAAUGAGACUUUCAGGAUGGAAUGCUCCGGCUGGAUGGACGAGGGUUUCGAAGAUGACGUCAACUCCACCGAUAAGACCCGGCUGUUGUUGUCUCCACUGAUCUAUAAAUUUCUGCUGAGAAAAAAUGACACCAUUGUUCCCAUCUCAGAAGGAGGUCAAGGCAAGAUGGCCCCAACUAAGCUGCCUUUCAUUCCUGACGGUGGGAGCUCGGAGUACGAGCUUGUGGUCCGUAUAUACGACCCGCUGCAGGAUUUCACCGAAUACAGUGUACCUGUAGAGCUCUACCUGGAAGAGGACAAGAAUUCAAAUUUACAAGAAACUUUGAAGUUUUGGGAAGGCCAGAACAACUAUAGUGGUAACUCGUCAACACUUACGAAAGAAAUGCGAGGAAUUACAGUAGCCGGCUACCUCAUCGCAAACUCUAAUGUUUCAGAUAAUCAGACUGAACUACAGCAGGCCUUGGGAAGCAAUUUGGAGACCAGCAAACCUGUGGUCAGCUUGGGCUGGAACAAUCUGUGGAACGAACUUAAGGAUCCUCCAGAUUCACCCAACCAGAACGACCUGAUAGAGGUGACGAACAAGUUCGCCAACAUGGUACACAAGCGAGGCGAGGAGGCCAAGAACCUGACAGGACUGGGGCUGACGGCGCUGGCACACGGUCUGAGCACCGUUCUCUCCAAACCUGAGACAGUCAGCUCUGAUUCUGUGAAAGUCACAACAAACGUAACAGACAUGGCUGUGGAGGCACUACGCACCUUGUACACCACCAAACCAUACCCCAUUGCCGAAAAUCUGAAAGAACCUGUUCUUGCUCUGACGUCACUAGUGGAUCGUCUGGUAGCUGCCAGUGUUCCUUCCUACAAAGUCCUGUACACCACAGAGAUUGAGUUCAACGCCUCUGACCUCAGUAAAGAUGACAAGACGUUUGUCAAGAAGCGUCUGGGGUUGCGGUGGCCAAGAAGGACCACUUGAAGACUGAGCUCAUCAACGAAGUGAUGCCUCAGCUGGAGAUGACGUUGAACGCCAUGACGGAGACGCUGCUUGUCGGAAUGGUUGUCGGACAGGAGCCAGAGCGAGCGGCGCGCGGGGGUCUGUCGCUGAUGGCCUGCAAGACGACGGGGGAGACGCUGGCCUCCAAUGAAUUAGAGGUCGACCCCAAUAAUGUGGCCCUGAAGAUACACGCCCUCAUCCCAGAGAGCGAAGUGGAUCUCAAUCACGCCGAGCUGGACGUUAAGGCCAACGUGUUCACCAAGAACCCGUACCCGUCCAGUGACUUGUCCUCCUAUGACAUCACGUCCCCUGUGGUCAAGCUGGACGUCCGAGGUAAGAACGGCACCGUGAGGGUGAACAAGCUGACCGUCACCAUCAAGCGAGGCUCUAAGAUCGACAUUCCAGCCAUGGAGACCUUUUCGUCCAACGACACUCAUCAAGGCCCCAAUAACUUGCUGUACCACCGACUGCCGCUGACCUCCCCUCACUCAGCCAUCAUUACCUACAUCAAACUUCCGCCGGAUAUGGAAGCCGUCACCGCCUACUUCCGCCUUGGCAGUGCACCUACCCUACAACGGUAUCAUGUCAAAGUUGAAGGACAACCUCUUCAUUCUGUUGGACGCCGAGACGUAGGCUUCGA